UUAACUAAAAAAUAGUUAUCUCGACUAUAAUUUAUAGUAAUAAUUAUUUCUCUAUGUAUGAUUAUAGUUACAAAUAUCAAACAUUUUUUCUCAGUAUGUCCUGGUAUUAGUGCUUUUGCUUAGAUUGUUAAAUUUACAAAUUACGUGAGCGAGACAAGCUGGUUGAGAAUGAAUAAGAUCGCGUGUUCAUCCGCGAUUCGCGCGUCGUCCCGCGAUCGCUAUCACAGUCAUUUGUUCCGGUCAGCAUCCGCGCGCGCGUCGCGUCCCGUCCCCAUGACGAGGAGGCAUACAAACAAUCCUCGAUCGCGCUCGAGGACGGUCUUAUCAGCGCGUAAGCAGCGAGCGAUAUGCCAGAAACGGCUACUCUAUCGAAACGGAAUCCGAGUCAACGGCUCGCCACCGCCGUCGUGGCCGCCACCAAGCUGCCUAGAUGCGUGCAACGUAAGAUAUCCUGCAUUCAGCCGCCCGUAAAAUGCCAUCCGCGACCGAGCCCGUACCGGUGCGUCGAGCAACGAGUACCCAAGAGGCCUUACCGAUUGGCAGUCGGAUUGUCGGCGAUUAGUCAGGCUGGCGGACGCGGCGCACCGACGACGACGAUCGCCAACGUCAACGGCCGCGCCGAUCGCGGCCCGGCCGGCUUCUUGGCCAUCGGCACACCCCGCUGCAAGAAGAAGAGCCUGUCCAUGAUGGAUCUGUCUCUGCCCGUCGCCGACUCCGACAUCGGUGACCUCAAAUCGGAGAGUGGCUCCACCGACGAAGCUACCGACAAGUCCAAAGAUCUCUUGACGAACAGCGGGAGCGCCUAUUACAGCGGCAGGUCGUGUACGGACGUUACGCCUUCCUCGGAGUCGGAGCAGGGCGAGGCAAUCGGUCUGGUGGAAGACCCGACCGUCAGAGCGGCGAACGUGGUGUGUCGCUUGCUGGUGUUGAACGCUUGGAGACGUAGACGCACCGAGACCGCACAAUUGGAGCAACAGGUGGAGCACCUGCACCUUCAGAUCGACUUCCUGCGUCGAUUGCUGCUGGCGGAGAACGAUCGGGUCGGCAAAUUGAACGGCGAACUGCAUCGUGACAAAUCGCAGCUGGAGGAGACUAUAUUGGAGCGCGACAAUGUCAAGUUGGAGAAGGAGAAGCUGGAGAACGAUCUGAAGCGCGUCGAAGAGAUCUCGCAGGAGCGAUUGGUCACCGUGGGGAAUCUGAGGAAUGAACUCUUGACCGCGCAGGAUCAGCUGAAGACGCUCGACGUGCAAAUGACCAAGGAUCGGGAGAAACUUUUGAAGUUGCGCGAGGACAAGAGGAUUCUUCUGGAUAAGGUAUCGGUCGGCGAGGCAUUGGCGGCAGAUCGUGGUGCGCGAACGGAAAAGGCGGAGUCCGCUCUCGAGGAGCUCCAGGUACGCUUGGCGACGCAGGUGGCCCUCGUCAAUUCCGCCCAGGAGGAGCUGCUACGCACCUCCAAAGAGCUGCAAACCACGAAGGCGGAGAGGCAACGAUUAGAGAAAUGUUUAAAGUCCAGCGAGAGCAACGGCAGGGCCUUGAGCUUGCGCGCGAUUUCCCUGGAGAGUCAGCUGGCCGAGCGAGAAGCCGCGCUGCGCCGUCUCGAGUCGGAAUACAACUCGCAGAUGACGGAACUGAGCGAGCUGAAGGAGCGAUUAUUGCGGCAGUCGCAAGAGGGUGCCUGGAGUAACCGGGUGUUGCAGUUCGCCGGCAGCGUAGUGCGCGCAUCAAUCCUGCGGACCAUCGCGUUUCUGUCCAGUGCCGCUCUACCGUCGUAGGUAGGUAAGUAGCAGUGUGAGUAUAUUCCGACAGCUUGCACAUUGCGGCUAUAACACGUCGAGGUAAGGGCCUGCGUUAACGUUGAACUACAUUAUUAAUAACUGCAUCAAUAACCGCUAUCGCUAUGAGUGAACGUAGGUAGAAUGCUGAUAAGCGAGGGACCGCAACUCUUUGGAAACGUGAGCCGAACUUGGGACAAAACGAACCGGCCGGUUCUGCGCGAGCGGCUUCGGUCUUUUUGUCAAGAAGGAGAAAGGAAGGAGAAGAAAAGACUCGGAGGGAGAAAAAGAAGAGCGAUAUAAAGGAGUAGCAGUGUGGCAAUCGGCGAGCGUUAGCUUCUUUUUGUAUGUUACACAUUUAAAGACAUUAUUUAAAUUUUUUUUCGAGCUAAUAUUUAACUUUGUACUAGUGGAGAUUUUUUUUUUAUAUGCGCACGACAUAUUGUGAACGAGAUCAAGCGAUUCG